AUGAACCCCAGACAAAAGCGCGCAGCCUCGCCGCCUACCGAGCCCAAACCCUCUCGUCUGAAACCGUUCAAAAACCGCGACAGUCUAGGAGCCUACAUCAAAGAUCCUGAGUCCUUCUCCGCGUCAACCGUCAUAUCCCACUCGCCGGAGUUCGUGGUGAUCCACGACCUGUACCCCAAGUCCGCCGUACACCUACUCAUACUGCCUCGAGACCCCCAAAAAUUCUUCCAACACCCCUUCGUCGCCUUUGAGGAUGCGAGUUUCCUUGACAGUGUAAGGCAGGAGGCUGCCAGGGUUCAAAAACAAGCUGCUUCAGAGCUACGAAGGAAGUUCGGGAAGGUUUCGGCUUUGGAUAGGAAGAGGAGUGAGGCGCUUGAUGCCGAUGAUGAUGGGGAUGCGGAUACGGUACCUGAUGAGCUGCCGGAGGGGAGAGAUUGGGGUAAGGAGAUAAUGUGUGGGAUACAUGCGAAUCCGUCUAUGAAUCACCUACAUAUCCAUGUUAUUUCGGUGGAUAGGUGUGGGCAUAGUCUAAGGCAUAGGAAGCAUUAUAAUAGCUUUUCGACUCCGUUUUUUGUCGAGCUUGAUGCGUUCCCGCUGGCGGAGGACGACAAGCGCAGACACCCCGCUAGAGAAGGGUAUUUAAAGUCGGAUCUGAAGUGCUGGAGGUGUGGCCGGAACUUUGGUAAUAAGUUCACUCAGCUGAAGGCACAUUUAGAGGAAGAGUUCGAGGAAUGGAAACGUAUAUAG